AUGAGCAAUUGGAUGAAUGACGCCAAUCCGAACCACAAUGGCAACGGCUUUCCUCACAUGAACGAUCCGAACGUUGCGAGUGCCAUGAUGGACCCCUCUGCCUUCAUGGCCAACCCGGGCCAAUUCAAUCCUGCGCAGAUGCAAAAUAUGCAGAAUGGUGCGAUGCGCAACCUUUCCCCAGCGACGAUGCAACAAAAUCCAUCAGCCUACCAAGGCAACUCUGUCAUUCCAUCAAAAAGACCUAGACCUUCCGACGAUGGUGCAUCAGGCUCCCCGACGCAAAAUCCUGGCAUGCUGCCAAACUCGCGAUCGCAAACACCGCAGCAGCAGAACUUUCCUCCCGGGUUUCAGCAGACGGCCGGGCAAUUCCCACAUUUCCAAGCCAACGGCUCCGCUAACGCGAGUCCAUCGCCCAUCAUGAACAACCAGAUGCGUCCCGGCAGCGUGCCACAACGAGUCGCGACCGCCUCACCACAUCCAUUCUCUCCCAGUACCCAGCAAUUCGCUCCGCACGCUUCUCCUGUUCCUUCCGAGCAAGGGACGCCCCAGCCAAACCAGUUCAUGCAACAACAAAUGCAACAGCCACAGCAGCAGCAACAGAACAUGCCACCGGGCUAUAACCCAGCGUUUUCCCAGUCGCCUUCGAAUGCGCGCCCUUCGCCGAACCCGAACACGAUGAUGCCUCAACACAUGGCUCAGAUGCAGCAUAUGCAGCAAAUGGGCCAUAUGUACCCGCAAAUGCAGCAGCAGCAACAUCAACAGCAGCAGCAGCAGCAGGCCCAGCAACAAAUGGGCAUGGCACAACAGCAACAACGGGCGCAGAUGCCCCAGACACCCACCGAUCAGCAGAAGCUGGCUGCAUAUCAAGCGCGACUUCAGCAGCAACUCCAAGGCAACAUGCCGAUGGGACGUGGCAUGAUGAACAAGCCUCCUCAACAAAUGCCAGGUACGCCCAAUGGGCAAGGCCCCCAAGCGCAGGCAAUGCGACCACGGCCUGGAAUGACAGCUGCAAACCCCGAGCAGUUUAUGAAGAACCUCACAUCGUUGAUGAGCGCAAAAGGAUUACCGUUGGACACCAAUCCUAUGAUUGCAGAUCGUCCAGUCAAUUUGGUGCUCCUCUUUCAAGCUGUCCAGAACAAAGGUGGCUACAAGCAAAUAAUGGCUAGUAACGGAUGGCCAUAUAUUGCGCAAGCCAUUGGGAUUCCGCCGCAAAUGCCAAACGCCGCUCUGGCCCUCAAGCACAUUUACGAGCGUAAUUUGUACACUUUUGAAGAGGUCUGGAUGGCUCAGCAUAAACAGCGCAUGAUGCAACAUAAGCAGCAGCAGCAGCAGAUGCUACAAGCCCAAGGACAGCAAUCUCAGAAUCAGAUGCAAAUGCAGCAGCAGGCGCAAAGGCAACAACAACAGCCGAGCCAGCAUAUGCAUCCGGGUCAACAGCAGCCACAACAGACACAGCAGUCCAAUCUGCAGCAGCAGACGCCAGUGAAACCGCCGGUAAACGGUCUGAGCACCCCGCAGCAACAGCACAUGGCCCAACCGCCCUCUGCCCAUGGCCACCACCAACGCAACAGUAUGUCAAAAGGCGUGGAAACACCUGUCCAGCCUGACUUUGUCAUGCCUUCACCGGCCCACAGCAAAGCCGGCAGCAUAUCAAUGCAGCAACAGCAGCCACCGCAGCCACCGCAACCGCAACCGCAGCCGCAGCAGCCGCACAUGGCUCACGACCGCGGCGAGCCACCGGCACCCUCAGAGGUCCUUCGCAAAUCCGACGAAUACACGCCAUGCUCUCGAGAACUGACCUCGCAUGGUGGCAUUGAUCUGGAUAGCGUCUACCGCCUUGGACACGAGCUGCUACGGUUUGACCCUGCAGUGCCCCAGAUUGCCGAGCUGGGCAAUAUCGAUAUCCAUGCCUUGACAAAAGGUCUGCAAAGCGGCAUGCAUGGGGAGAUCAAAGUUGCUCUUGACACUCUUGUCACUGUUUCCAACUCGCCGCAUCAGCCUCAUCACUUUAUCAGACUACCUUGGUGCGAUGACUUGAUUGACUCACUCAUUGACGCUGCCGAGGAGCCUAUCGGGGUUCUUGUGGAUCAUACGGCGGAAGUAUGCGACGAAUUGCAGAUUGCGCACUAUGACGAGGUUGUGCGAGCUUGCCGUAUGGAACAAUGGACGGUACAUGAGCGCCCGGCAUAUGGUAGCAACGCCUAUCAGAUUGACCGAGCCGUCGACCGCCUCAUUUGCAUUACUACGAUUCUCCGAAACCUAUCGUUCCCAGGACCCGGUGAUCAGAACGAGAACCAACCAAUUCUCGCGGAGGACACUGUUGUCAAGUUCCUUUGCGUCAUCAUCCGCUAUCUGGGCACACGGACCAUGUUUCUACGUACGCAUGCCAAUACCUUGGAUCUCAUGAAGGAUCUGGUGGUGUUGCUGUCCAACAUUGCUGGUUCAAUGGAGAUACCGGGUCGCGAUGAGGCUCUCUGCCUGCUUCACUUCUUGGUGGCUUUUGCUCCUGGCCCAGGACCUACCAAAUCCGACAGCAACACCUGGAUAUUUCCACCGUUCGAACCUAGCUUGCAUCCCUACCUUCCCCAUGCUGUCGAUGCCUUGGCAAAACUGUUUGCCCGUGAUGAGCCAAACCGAACUCAUUUCCGCACAGUCUUCUUGCUGGACGGUGGCAGCGAUCCUACCUAUGAGCUACUGACACGCGCGUUUGCACUUGCUAUCUCGCCAGUACCUGACAAAGUCAUCGAGAGGCAUCGCGCCGCCAACCAGCCUCCGUUCUUCGAGACACGGAAACCGAGCAUCAUGCAAGGCCUGCUGUGUGCCGAGAUUCUUGUGUCACUAGCUCCAGGCCCUGAGUCGGGUCUGACAAAGUCGUGGCUUCGGGCGGAUGUCAACAUCGCUCAAAACCUGCUAGAGAUGGUAUCACGCUUGUCUCGCAUAUACGAAGCGCAAACGAUGCACAAGGGCGGCCGGGGUCCCCCGAGGCGAGACCUGGAAUUGGUGUUCAUCGCAUCCACUGCCAUUGCCGUUGUACGACGGCUCUUUGAGAAGGCCAAAGAUUUGAGCGACUCAGAUAAGGAAGUCUUGGCAUAUUUACCAUCGUCGGACAAGCUCCUUGAAAUUACCAGUCUCACCUCGGCGGACUGGGCAAAGGAGGGCUUGAUGCAACAGUACACCGCCUGCCACGGUCUCGGACGAUGA